AUGAUAGGUUUUUCCACUUCAAAAAUCAUCGUCAUUGCCGUUGCAGCGUUCAUUUUUCCGUCUCAAGAUACCUCAUUAUGUGAGGCUGCACUGGCCUCGGUAUGUCCCAGCGACUCCGUCUGUUUCCAGUGGGGUGUCCCCGAAUCGUCAAGCGGCUCCGAAUCAGGCGCCAUGUACUUGCAGCUUCAAGCGUCCCUGUCUUACCAAUGGAUUGGCCUCGGCACGGGAAGCAGGAUGCGAGGGUCAAACAUGUUGGUUGUGUACCAAAAUGGCCAUGGUAACGUAACCUUAAGCACGAGACAAAGCACCGGACAUAGCAUGCCGACGUACGCGCAACGCCCCGAUGUCCAACUCCUCGAGGGUUCUGGUGUCUUAAACGGGACUCUCAGAGCCAACAUCCGAUGUGGCGAAUGCUCUGACGUCGGCGUCGGCGGCUCGUCAAACUGGAUAACGGCCUGGAAACAAGGUCCGCCUCUGCAUUCAUCAGAUUUGUCAGAGGCCAUCGCGUAUCACGAUGGGUAUAGCAGCUUCUCGGUGGAUCUUGCCAAGGCGGCCAUCGCCUCGGAUGAGAACCCUUUCCUCUCGGCUAAUAGUUCUGUCGAUACACACUCGGGCCCCUCGUCGGCGGUCUCUGGGCUGAAUACUGUGGAUCAAACGAGUGAGACUGCGGCUCUUUUAUGCGCUCAUGGUAUUGUUAUGAGCGUGGUGUUUUUGAUUGGCUUUCCGGCCGGAUCCUUCAUCAUGUUGUUGGUUGGCCGGUGGAAAAUCCACGCUGGUUGGCAAGUACUAUCCUUUAUUGGGUUGUGUUGCGGAUUUGCCAUUGGAGUUAUUAUUUCCCCGCGAUAUAAUUGA